AAAGAGCUUCCGCCCAAGAGCUUUAUUAUCAUUAAUCAUUAAUACGUAAAAGUUUUCGUGAUGUUUUGAACAGACAUCUUGAUAUUAGAUGCGUUCGUUUCGGUCAGAGUGUAAAAUCCCAAUGCUCGAUACGUGAUCACAAAGGUGGGGAUAUUUCUAAAGAGUUCUUCCAUAGCUGUCCACAUUAACGUGUUUGAUCGGCCCGUCAUGGCGACAUCUGGAGGAGACAGCAGCAUCCUGGAGGAGGAGCUGACGUGUCCCGUGUGUUUGGACCUUUACCGUGACCCCCACCUGCUGCCCUGUGGCCAUAACUUCUGUCUUCCUUGCCUGCGCAGACUCAAAAGCCAAUCGGACCACGGCCGGUUGAGAUGUCCCGAGUGCAGGCAGAGUCACCGCAGCUCCGCCAGCUGGCAGAAAAACUUCAAACUGGCCAACAUCGCCGACGGCUUCCGCCGGCAUGCCCAAUCAGACCGCCACAGCCGGAGCGGCCCGCCUCACGCACACGCCGAGGUGCGCUGCGACUACUGCACAACAGAGGGUGGUGAGAAGGAUCCCAAAGCUGUUAAAACCUGCCUAAAAUGUGAAGUGUCUAUGUGCCCGAAGCACGUUCAGCCUCACCUCGAGCUCCCAGCGUUUCGAGAGCAUCCUUUGGUGGAGCCGUUGAAAGAUAUGAGAAAACGAAAGUGUGUGGAGCAUGAUGAAAUGUUCAAGUACUACUGCGUGGACGAGCGGCUCUUCUUGUGCAAUGCCUGCACCAUAGAGGGAACUCACAAUGGACAUUCAAUCAAAACGUUAAAAAAUGCCAUGAAAGAUCUCAAGGUUUGUGUUGACAUUCAGAUGCACAAGGUGAACAGAAAGAUCGUAAGGGUGGAAAAAACCCGUCAGGAACAAAAAGAGAUUGAGCGCCAAAACAAGGCCUAUCUGGAUGAUACAGAGGAUCAUCUAGGAGCUUUUCGAGAGACCUCCAUUGCACAGUUGGAUGCGUUUCUGUCUUCCAUGCGUGAUUGCGUUCACACACAUGAAGUUGAGCAGGGAUCUGGAGUACAACAGAACCUGAGCCAAAUCGCUCAAGAUCAGACUCGCCUGCAGGGGGUUCACUCGGGGCUCGACAGACUUCUACAGGAGAACGAUCCUUUUCAGUUCAUUAAGGAAUAUAAUUCAUCUGAGAAAAGGUACCGGAGGCUGUUAAGAAAACCUCUGUUCUUCCCAGAUGAGCCCACAGUCGACACGGAGCCGCUCUAUGAGAUCGUUGAAGGGAAAAUGACGGAGUUUAUCGCUGAAUUACGUCUGCAGGCCUCCACUCUCAUCAGUACAAUCUGUCAUUUUGAGGGAGCAGACGGUGUGGAUGAGGAUGAGGAAGAAAGCUUUGAGGAUGAUUACAAUGACAGCGGCAGUGAGGUAGAUGACGAAGAGGAGAUGAGGAGUGAGGAAGAGGAAAAUCUCAGCACAGGAGCAGAGACUGCAGAUGAAGAGUACACACCCGAGGAAGAUGAUGAUGAUGAGGUGGAGGAGGAAGAUGAUGAUAAUGAUGAAGACGAGAACUAACAGAUAAUCUGCACUGCUGCCGUCACACUGGCGAGUUGCCAAAGCCCUCAGACCCGUGUGUGUUUAAAGUCAGUAUUCAGUCUUGUAUCGUUAAGACUUUUUGGUGAAAAGGUUUGUUUUUUGUUGAUAUCUUAGCACAAAAUUAAAUUAAGAAUAUUUUUCACUUUUACAUUAAAUAUCAUUUGUCUAAUAAUUAAGGUGUUAAACAGGAGAUACUUUGAAAAGUACAUUUGGAUCCAGUCAGAGAUUGUAAUGUCUUUCUAACAAUAUUAUUUAUUUGAGAAAAAAACAAGAGCUCUUUUCAGGUUUGUUUUACUAGCUCAGGGUAGAAAUGUUAACACUGUCGUCACUUUGGGGUGGACUUCAGUUGCACUUUUUUCUUUUGCUUUUGUCAAGAUGCAAAAAUGUAUAUAAUAAACAACUAAUGAUUGUAUUGCCAGAAAGUGAUGUGUUGAAAAAAUAAAGUAUGCAUCAUUUACAGAACAAUAGUGAACACUGAUUCUUGGGAAUUUGGAUAAAACAGGUCUAAAUUUUGGGAAAAAAAUAAGUUAAAUUAAAAAAUCUGAAGGUAUAUCAUUAUAGACCAAGGUCUUGACUGUUCACUUACUGGUGCAAGCCCCCCCCCCCCCCCCUGUUUGUAUUUUUUUCAUAAAAUAGGCGUUUUUUCCAGUUACUACUCAUACAACAUUUACUUUAAGCCUAAAUAGAAAAAGUAAUGAUUUUUUUAUUUAAUAAACAUACUUUGUAUUAAUAGAGACUAUUAAUUUAAUAACUCAACAGCACUGAAGAAACAUUGUAAGCAUAUUCAUUUAAAACAAAUAAAACUCCGUCUGACGGUGGUGACACUAAU